AUGUUCUUAGCGGAUCAAUCAGGAAUGUCGAGGUAUUCUUUCAAAGUUGCUCGCUUGUAUUAUGUUCCAGAAGACGAGGAAUCAGGAGAAGGAUUCAAUGGGAAUCCGGGACUCAGAGUGAGCAAAAAAUUGAAAUUUGGAGAAAAAGGAAAGAGAGUCCAAGUUAGAACAGGAGGAUUGAGAGGAGGAAGUGAAAAUUGGAGUGAAAAACCAGUGAAAAAUCUCGAAAUUCUCACUCAAUACCAGUACGACGGUCCUGGCUCCCGAGUCAGGGCACCAACCUUCCGUGUCACCGUCAUUGUCAGGGCACCAGUCUCCCGUGUCUCCGUCAUUGUGCAAGAACUGGAAGAGUAUUCGAAUCUGGAAGAAGAUGAGAUGAGCGAGAUGAAGAGAAUCUGGGAAAGUAAAAAAGAGAACAAUGCGAGUUGGAAAAAGAGAAUUCAGAAGGACCAGAUAUCCUGCGCAUAUUCUAUAUAUCAACAUCUGUCAGUCAAGCCUUCACAGCGUGUCGCACCAUAUCGAGCGACUUUCGAUCCCAAAGUUCCAUCCAAUUUGAUACCUCCAUGUUGA